AUGUCGGACGAGGAAGUUGAACAGGUGGAGGAGCAGUACGAGGAGGAAGCCGCAGAAGUCCAGGAGGAAGAGGAGGUCCAGGAAGAGGAGAAGCCAAGACCCAAACUCACUGCUCCUAAGAUCCCGGAAGGGGAGAAAGUGGACUUCGAUGACAUCCAGAAGAAGCGGCAGAACAAGGACCUCAUGGAGCUGCAGGCCCUCAUCGACAGCCACUUCGAGGCGCGCAAGAAGGAGGAGGAAGAGCUGAUCGCGCUCAAGGAGAGAAUCGAGAAGCGCCGUGCGGAGCGGGCUGAGCAGCAGAGGAUUCGCGCCGAGAAGGAGCGGGAGCGCCAGAACAGGCUGGCGGAGGAGAAGGCCCGCCGGGAGGAGGAGGACGCCAAGAGGAGGGCCGAGGACGACAUGAAGAAGAAGAAGGCCCUGUCCUCCAUGGGCGCCAACUACAGCAGCUACCUGGCCAAGGCCGACCAGAAGAGGGGCAAGAAACAGACCGCCCGGGAGAUGAAGAAGAAGGUGCUGGCUGAGAGACGCAAGCCGCUCAACAUCGACCACCUCAGCGAGGACAAGCUGAGGGACAAGGCCAAGGAGCUGUGGGACACGCUGUACCAGCUGGAGACCGACAAGUACGACUUUGCCGAGAAGCUGAAGCGCCAGAAAUACGACAUCACCAACCUCAGGAGCCGCAUCGACCAGGCCCAGAAGCACAGCAAGAAGGCCGGGGCCACGGCCAAGGGCAAGGUCGGCGGGCGCUGGAAGUAG